UAAAAACUUUACAACAGCCUCGUGUUACCCUCAGGUGGCUAAAACGUUAAUUUUAGUGGUCGUUGUUGGUGAGCUCUACAUCGAAAAUGUCAAAGAAGAAAGGACUAAGUCUGGAGGAGAAGAGAACUCGCAUGAUGGAGAUUUUCUUUGAAUCUAAAGAUGUGUUUCAGCUGAAAGACAUUGAGAAGAUUGCCCCAAAGUCAAAAGGCAUAGCUCCCAUGACUGUGAAGGAAGUGCUGCAGAGCCUUGUCGAUGACAACAUGGUGGACUGUGAGAGAGUAGGUACAUCCAACUAUUACUGGGCCUUUCCCAGUAAAGCCUUACAUGCUCGCAACCACAAACUGGAGGAGCUGCAAAAACAGAUUUCUGAGGCAAAGCAGCGGAAAGCAUCCCUAGAGAAAGCGGUCGAAAAAGCGAAAGUGGGGCGCCAGGAUACAAAGGAAAGAAGUUCUCUGCUGAAGGAGCUGCAGGCUCUGAGAGAGGAGCGCACACAGCUGCAGGCCGAGCUGGAGAAGUACAGAGAGUGUGACCCUGAGGUCGUCGAGGAGAUGAAAAAAUCAAAUGUUAUAGCAAAAGAAGCUGUUUCCAGAUGGACAGACAAUGUUUUCGCCAUAAAGUCCUGGACAAAGAAGAAGUUUGCCUUUGAUAACAGCCGCAUUGAUAAAGCCUUUGGUAUCCCGGAGGACUUCGACUACAUGGACUGACUGCCAGCUUGUCAUGGACGCAGCGAUGGAGUAAUGUGUUUCGGUCUCUGACACCUACCUACCUGGUCUCUGCAUUUCUAAUUUCUGUGCUGUGUGUUUCAGUGAAAAUAAAAGCACCAGACGCUCCACUCGC